AUGGCUUAUUCAAAACAAUCAAGUCCAUCAUAUUAUAUGGAGUUUUUACGUUGUGCUUUAUGUUCACAUGAUUUUGAAUAUAAAAAUCCAUUAUAUCAUCCAAUAACAUUACCUAAAUCUGGUCUUACAAUGUGUAGACAAUGCAUUGGUAUAAUACGUGAUGAAACAAAAUGUCCACAUAAUCAUGGUCCAGUUGAAAUAAAUUAUAUACCAAUUGAUGAAUUACCAACGAAUUAUCCAUUAUUAUUUAUUCUUUAUGAUCAAUCAGAAUUACCUAAAGAUCACCGAGUACGUCAUGGUCAUUGUCAAUUUUAUACUACAUUUGAUUAUGAAACAAAACAAGGUUUUAAAUGUACAGAAGAACUUUUUGGUCAAAUAUCAAAUGUAAUUAAAACAAUAAUUAAUGAUAAAGAACAUCAAUCAAUAUUCAAUCAUUCAAUGAUACGAAAAAUAUUUAGUUUAUUAAAUAGUCAAUAUAUUAAUAACGAAAGUGGUUUAAAAAUUCUUAAAGCAACACGUAGUCUUGCUGAAGAUCUAUGCAUGGAUUUGAUUUUUCGUCAUCAAAAUCCUCAACAAACGGGAUCAUAUUCAUUUUUAUCUUUAAUAAAACAAUUGAUGAAGCUUAUCGAGAAACAUACAACUGAGAAUGAUAUAAUAGUCAAUCGGUCAUAA